CGCCCUUCCCCGCCCCGCGCAUGCGCGCUCGGCCGCCGGGGCCGCACCGCCGCGCGCCGCGGGGGAAGCGGGAAAAGCGCCGGGACCCGUUGCCGUGGCGACCGCCGCCCCCUCCGAGGGGCGGCGCCGGGGGCGGGGGGUCACCUAUAGGCGCGGCGCGUGGCCCGGCAGGUGCUGCCGAUGUCGGACACGGGGCAGAGCCCGGCCCCCGGCGGGCGGCGCCGCUGGACCCGCGACAAGGAGCCGGAGGCGGGCGCAGAGCGGCGGGAGGGGGGAGGGGAGGAGCCGGGCGGCCUCAUGCAGAAAACGCCCAUUAUCCUGGCGAAGCCGCCGGGGGAGAGGCAGCAGGCGGCGAAGGCGGGGUCAGGCCCGGCCCCGCCCUCCCCCCCGCCCCAGCCCCGCCCAUCGUGCUGAUGAAAGCCCGUGGGGAGGAAGGGCGGGGCGGGGGCGGGGCCCGCAGGGAGGGGCCGGCACUGGCCCCGCCCCGUGAGAGGGAGGGGCCCCGCCCCACCCAGCCCGUCUACCAGCUGCAUGGGAGGGGGCUGCCCCCCCCCGGGGCCCUGGACCCGGUGGCCGGCCAGGCGCGGCUGGCGGCUCCGGAGAAGAUGAAAACCAGCAUCAAACUGGUGGACGAGCAAAUGAACUGGUGCGACAGCGCCCUGGAGUUCCUGCUGGAGCAGACGGACGUGCUGGUGGUCGGGGCACUGGGGCUGCAGGGGACGGGGAAAUCCACCCUCCUCUCCCUGCUGGCCGCCAACCAGCCCGAGGAGGACCCCCGGGGGUUCGUGUUCCGGCCGCAGCCCCCGGAGCUGCGGGAGCGGGGGGGCAGCCAGACGGGCGGCAUCGACUUCUUCAUCACCCAGGAGCGCGUCGUCUUCCUCGACACCCAGCCCCUGCUCAGCCCCGCCCUCCUCGACCACCUCAUCAACAACGACCGGAAGCUGCCCCCCGAGUACGCCCUGCCCCACACCUACGUGGAGAUGCAGUCGCUGCAAAUCGCCGCCUUCCUCUUCACCGUCUGCCACGUGGUGCUGCUGGUGCAGGACUGGUUCACCGACCUCGGCCUCUACCGGUUCCUGCAGACGGCCGAGAUGGUGAAGCCGGCCACGCCCUCCCCGAGCCACGAGCCCAGCGGCGGCGCCGGCCCCGACGAGCCCUCGGAGUAUUACCCGCACCUCAUUUUCGUGCAGACCCGCGCCCGCCCCGACGCCUUCUGCCGGCGCCUGCGGGAGAUGCAGCGAGUGCUGGAGCGGCUCAUGGCCCACUCCCACCUCAAGUACCGGGGGUCGCUCUCCCUGCGGGACCUGGGGCUGCUCCCGGGGGUCCCCGAAGGCCCCGAGGCCGACGUCAACCUCUUCCUGCUCCCGCCGCUGGAGGAGGAGGGGGAGGACGCCCCGCCCCGCCCUGGUGGGGGAGGGGCGCCCCUGUUCCCGCACCUCCCCCCGUACCGGGGUCACGGCGCCUUCGGGACCCUCCUGGCGCGGCUGCGGGGGAGGGUCCUGGCGGCCGCCCGCGCCCAGCUCUCCCACACCCUGCUGACCGAGAGGAACUGGUUCCAUUACGCCGCCCGUAUCUGGGAUGGGGUGAAGAAAUCCUCGGCCUUGGCCGAAUACAGCCGCCUGCUGGGCUGAGCUGGGGGGGCGGCGCCCCUCCCCCACCCCGGGGCCGCCCCUCCCCCACCCCGGGGCGCCCCUCCCCCACCCGGGAGCCAUUAAAACACUCUAAAACAUCCCAAAA